AUGGCACGCCUUUUGUUAACAGGGAGUUGGAGCAUUCACCUGCCGGAUGCUUUGUGGGCUUACCGCACCUCGCUAAGGAGUGUUACAGGUUUUUCACCUUACUCACUUGUGUACGGGUCUGAAGCUAUUUCACCUGUGGAAAUCACCAUUCCAACAGCUAGAAUAGCGGCUGUCAAUGAUCUUGAAUGGGAUGCGAAGACAUGCUCAGAUUGGCGUUUGCUAGACCUCGAAGCAGUUGAUAAGAGAAGGAUGGAAGUAGAAAGAAGGAUGACACUCUACCACAAGACUGUUGCCCAAGCAUAUAAUAGGACCGUUAAGCCUCAAGCCUUCAAGCAAGGAGAUCUCGUGCUAAAAGUCGUUGAACAUGUGAGAAGGCCAGUGUCGAGACCUUCCAAGUUUGCCCCACAAUAG